UGACCCACUGUGCUCCCUUCCAGCCUGACCCAUCUGUGAUUCUGUGAAGGCUGAUACUAAAAUCUCUUCUUGGCUUCACAAAGGUUCCUGCUGCACUGGCCCAUCCUGAGUCUGGAGUCUGAGUUUAGUCACUGUUCCUCCUGAGGACCAGCAGCUGCUGUGGCAUGAGGCACCUGCCACCACACUGUGGGACAUUUCCUGAUGUGCUCCUGCUGUUUCCAUGAUGUCACCUAAAUAUCAUGGAACAAAAGAAGAAAGCUUUGUUUCCAGUCAGUAGUGAAGGUGGCUGGAAAAAAGAGUUAGAGAGAAUAAAAGCAGAUUAUCUGGAGGAAAGAUCUGAGGUAGCUAAUCACAAAACAAUCUACAGCUGAGCAGUAGGAGUACUCAAACACCUGGAACCAAAUCUGGUGUUUCAGGAGACUGCCAGGGUUGUGUAUCUACGCAAGCUUUUGUGUGGGGCUCAGCACAGGCAGCCAGGCACUGGCUUUGGGGAACCAGUUCUUGUCUCCUGUGGCUGUUCCUACUGCUGCCUCUUCAGUUAUGCCAAUGCAGUAGUUCCUGAUGUGGUUCACUAUAAAAAUCAACCAGCAUUUGGAAAGAAUUAAUGUUGGGUGUUUAUUUAUUGUCUGUUCUGCUAUGUCACACGGGCCUGCAAAUAUUUGUACUGGCACAGCUGAAGGAGGAGUGACCUGCAGUGUGCAGGUAAGGUGAACACAAGAGAGCAGGGAUGACUUGGAUCAACUUUGUUAUUGAAAAGUAUUCAUGUAGUGAAAUUUUAACACAUUGACUCGGGUAUUCUUUGGGUUGAUGGUUUUUUUCUACUUCUAAAUAUUUCAGGCUUUCACAUGAUCUGGGUAAAUGUCUUGAAAUGGCCCUGUGAAACAGUUCUAGUGGUUUUGUGCUAUUGUUUGUUUAAUUUCUGCCUGUUGUGUCUAAAGGCUAUUAAGCUGAAAGUCAAGCCCUUGAAUUAGGAAAUACCAGGAUUAAAGCUGCCUUUGGAGGAUUGAUUUGGUCCCUUGCCAUUUGUGUGCAUUGCAGCCUUGGUUACUGUUAAAGUGACAGAGUUAAAUUGCACCAUGAGUGACUGCAGGGAUGUUUGUGUCUGCGGUGUUUCAUGGGAUGAAUUGAAGUUGUUGUAGGAAUGAAGAAGGAAACUGUGGCCAGAAGGAUGGGUGACUGCUGGAUUCUGCUUUAGUCCUGCAGAUUUUACACCACUCUCUGCUGGUUACACUGCACUGCUGGGUUAUGUGGGCAGAGGGACACAUAGUAAUUACAUGGUGUUUACUCUGCCAGUUUGAAAAACACAAGGGCAAAGCAGAUUAAAAUGAAAGAUCUUAAAAUAUUUCAAAACAUUUGACUAAUACUCUAUUUCCACUGUGUCCUUGAAGUGUGGGUUGUGCAGCAGCUUCUGUUGGGUGUCUCAUCACCACAGUUAGAGUUUCCUAAGCUCUGUUAUCUGCUACCUCCAUUUACCUUCUGCAACUUGCAUCCCAGAGGAAUCACUUGAGUUUGCAAAUUCACUUUCUUCCAGGUGAAGGGAAAGAUGUUCUCCUGGAGCUCUUAAAACUCUGUAAUUGUUAAUGGCUGCUCAGACCAUGAAACUGGACUAGGGCCAGCCACACUCUGCCACUUUAAAUUGCAGUGGCAUCCACAAAGGAGGAGGGCAAUGAACCUCCAUCCUUACACCCCCACCUCCAUCCUCCCAGUGUUCUUCAGUAAAACAUAGAAAGCAAAGCAAACCAGAUUGCUUUCUCAGUUUGAGAUUGACUGCACUGCUUUUUAUAGAUGGAGGUGUGGGGGAAUUAUGCAUUAUAGCUAUCGAAGGUGAAUUAAGGAUAAAUUAGUGUUUAUGAAAUGACACUGCAAGGCACUGAAAUACUCAGUAAAGACUGAUCUGAUGAAGAAACAGCAUUCUGAUUUUGCUGUUGCCAUGUCACUAUGAACUCAUUUGGUAUUUUUAGGUUUAGAAGUGGUAGCUCAGUCCUUGAUAUGAUCAGUGCCCUGAGACACUGCAUGCAGCAUCCUUUAAGUAAUUUCUCAAUAAAACCAAUUCAGACUUUGAUCACUUAUACCGAUUAGUUUUAAGAUUUACCAUCCUCAUUUGUUAACCAUGGGGUUGUAGCUUCUUAGUACAGUUUUUUUAUUUUGAUAAACUUUACAGUUCUGCUUGUAAGCUGGUGAACAGAGAAACCUUUUUGUUGUAGUUGCAUAUAUCAUGUACAAAUGAAACUAAAAACUAGUUUCUCAAAUAAGCUGUAAAAGUAAGAGAAUUGCUUUUAAUAGAUCCUGAUUUGUUUUACAACCACCAUGGAGGUAGUAUAGAGAGUGUCCACGAAAAAAUAAGAGAAUAUUGUUGAUUUCUCUAUGUGUGUUCUUGUGCACAGAUAUAUAAAUUACAGCUCCUGCCACUGAAUUUAUUUGUUUAACUUAAAACCUGGUUAUCUUCUUCUGUUAAGCUCUCAUCAGGAGCAGUAUAGUGAGUUAUCAAGACAUAUCCAGUAUGGAAUGGGCUGUGUUUUGAAGCACAUGGAUCAUGGAGAUUUCUGCACUGCAGCUUAAUUUGUCCUUAUUGUACUCUUGGAUGCAGCCAAGGGCAACUGUUCCUCACAUAUAUAGUUUGUGGGCAUAAAGUGCUCUAAUGCUAAUGAAUGAAACAGGGAUUUCAGUUCUUUGAUUGCUUUUCAUCCUGAGCAAAGCAAUGCAGGGGUACUUCAGUGAAAACUGACAUUUCCCAGAAACCAGAUCCUGGUUUUCCAAAAUCCCAUUUCCCAGAAUUCAGUGCAGUUUCAAGUGGCACAUACAGUUAGAAGUAGAUAUUAACAGCACUUAUUAAGCAUAAGUAAACACAAUGAAUUUACAUUACAGACAAUAAUGCUGUUUCCUUCUCCCUUCCCAGUAUUAAUGCCCUUUCCAUCAUCCUAUUAAAAGUGACAACAAAACCCCCUAAAUUUGUGUAGUCAGCAGGAGACUGUCAGGGUUGCUUAGCCUCAGAAAGGUGAGUUGCUAUCACUAAGCUUUAUAUACGUGAUCCAAGAAUCCAGAGUUUAUCAGUCCAGUUGUCAAGAUAGAUCUUUAUAAAGCUGAAGCAGAGAAAGAGAUGAUCAAGAGUGAAAUGCUUGAAGUGUUCCUCCCUGUAGAGAGGUGUAUUACAGGAAGAGAACACAGCCCAUCCGUCCAUCCAUCCAUCCAUCCGUCCGUCCAUCCAUCCAUCCAUCCCGCAGUUAGUUAGGUGCAAUAUCCUUGGUGUAAGAUUAGCAAUUAAAAGGAUUUUUGAAAGUGGGCAGAUAAGCUGGUUCUUCCCAUGCCUGUGCUUUUUUGGAGCUGCCAGUGGUGUUUCAUUCCCAAGCUUUUCCUCCACACAAGCUGUUUCUUCAAUUGCUGUUUGGUGCUGGUUGAGCCUGUUUGCAAAGUACAGGAGAUGUGUUUGUAUCUAACAGUUCAUAUAAGGCAACCUACAGCUUGUUGUUGUUGUUUGUUGUUUUUCAGGGACACCAGAAUCAUGGAGGGGCUCUUGCAUUACAUAAAUCCAGCACAUGCCAUUUCCCUGCUGAGCACCCUGAACGAGGAGCGUCUCAAGGGACAGCUGUGUGACGUUGUGCUGAUCGUAGGAGACCAGAAAUUCCGAGCUCAUAAGAAUGUUCUGGCUGCCAGCAGUGAAUAUUUCCAGACUCUGUUCACAAAUAAGGAGAAUGAGUCUCAGUCAGUGUUUCAGCUCGACUUUUGUGAGCCAGAUGCUUUUGAUAAUGUGUUGAACUACAUUUAUUCUUCAUCCUUGUUCAUUGAGAAAGGCAGCCUCGCAGCAGUGCAAGAACUGGGCUACAGCCUUGGAAUAUCUUUUCUUACAAACAUUGUUUCCAAGAGUCCUCAAGCUCCUUUUCCUUCUUGUCCUAUGAAAAAAAUACUCUACCAAGAUGAAGAUGAAAGUAGUUCUCAGAAGAGAAGUGUCAUUGUCUGUCAGAACAGAAUUGAAGCACAAGCGAAAAGCGUAAAUCAAACACAGCACGACUUAAGCCAUACUCCUAAACCUUCACCCUCUGUGGCUGUCAAAGCUGGCAGCAGACCACAGGUAACAAAACCAACUGAAACCCUUCACAACUUAUCACUGACUGAAAGGAGGUGGCUGAAAGAAGGCCCUGUGAGCUAUACAAAGGUUCAUGAAACUUCUGGAACUGUGGAGGAUCAGAGCAGAGGUGCUUUAGUGAAAAGGAACAUGGUGCUGCCUCAGAUGUCUUUGGCAGAGAAAGAAAUGGCAAGCGGCGAGCCAGGAAGCAGCGCUCAGCUUCUGAGAGGAAAGGUUGCAGAGAUGUCAUUGAAAAGACCACGUCCACCAGUCUUGUCUCUGCGUGGGGCAGCGGAAUCCACGUUUCUGUUGCGAGAGGCAGGAAAAGGAAAUGGUCAAGGGGAAGACAGGAAUUUGCUCUACUACUCCAAGUUAGGGCUGGUAAUCCCAUCUAGUGGGUCUGGCCCAGAAAACCAAAGUAUUGACAGAAGUGGGCCCCUUGUAAAAAGUCUCCUUCGAAGGUCACUUUCCAUGGACAGCCAGGUUCCUAUUUACUCACCUUCUGUUGACCUAAAACCUGCACAGGUAUCCUCAUGCUCCUCACCGGGAACUAACGAUUCCCAGAAGACAUUUAAUGUUGCAUCCCAAAAGUCAUCCUCGAAAGAGUCAUCGGAGAAGUCGGCCUUGGAUGAGAAGCCACAGGUAAUACACCCACAUCGCCUUAGGUCUUUCAGUGCCUCUCAGACAACGGAUCGGGAGGUGGCUUCUCCUCUCUCAGAGGUGAGGAUCAAAACUGAGCCCAGCAGUCCCCUCUCAGAUCCUGCUGACAUCAUCCGAGUCACGGUGGGUGAUGCUGCAGCAUCGGCAAACAAAGACUUUGCUUUUAAAACUGAGGAUGAUCGUAAGGAACUGAGCAGACUUCCAGCCAAAAGGAGGUUCCAGGAUGAUAGGAGGCCACCAUUCAAGAAGCUGAAGGCGGAUGAGCAGGGUUCUCCUGGCUCAGAAGAGAACUUUGAGGAAGGCUCGAGCCCCACGCACCUUGAUGCUGAUUUCCCUGAUUCUGAUGUCAGCAAAGAUGAAUACAGCGAGAUGGAAGAAGCAAGACCAAAUAAAAAAUUUAAAUGUAAACACUGCCUUAAAAUUUUCAGAUCAACAGCAGGUCUUCAUCGCCAUGUUAACAUGUAUCACAAUCCAGAGAAGCCCUAUGCUUGUGACAUCUGCCACAAGAGAUUCCACACCAAUUUCAAAGUGUGGACGCACUGCCAGACACAACAUGGAAUUGUGAAGAAUCCCUCACCAGCUUCCAGUUCACAUGCCCUUUUGGAUGAAAAAUUCCAAAGAAAACUGAUCGAUAUAGUGAGGGAGAGAGAAAUCAAAAAAGCUCUGAUUGUGAAACUGAGACGUGGCAAGCAGAGCUUUCAGGGCCAGUCGGCUUCCCAAGCACAACAAGUCAUCAAAAGGAAUUUAAGGUCGAGAACCAAAGGAGCCUAUAUUUGUACCUACUGUGGGAAAGCUUAUCGUUUCCUCUCCCAGUUCAAACAGCACAUAAAAAUGCACCCUGGGGAGAAGCCCAUUGGAGGGAAUAAGGCUCCCAAGCAGAAAGAUCACAUUCAUAUUGAAAACCCUGUGGAAAACAAGGAGGUUUAUCAGUGCCGUCUCUGCAAUGCCAAGCUCUCCUCGCUGAUUGAACAGGGAAACCACGAGCGACUCUGUAGGAACGCCACUGUCUGUCCUUACUGCAGCCUUAGGUUUUCUUCUCCAGAGCUGAAGCACGAGCAUGAGAGCAAGUGUGAGUACAAGAAGCUGACUUGCCUUGAGUGCAUGCGCACCUUCAAAUCAUCCUUCAGCAUCUGGCGCCAUCAGGUCGAAGUUCACAAUCAGAACACAAUGGCUCCAUCAGAGAACUUCUCUUUGCCCCUCAUGGAUCACAAUGGAGAAGUCACCAGUUCCUCACGGCUGCCUUUGCAGUCGGAAUCCAAUAAAAUGAACAAUUUUGUUGCUGCAAAGGAGGACGGCGUGUUCAGUGAUUCGUCAGAACAAAUCAAUUUUGAUUCUGAAGACUCUUCAUGCCUGCCUGAAGACUUAAGUGUUUCCAAGCAGUUUAAAAUCCAGAUCAAAGAAGAGCCUGCAGAUGACAUAGAGGACGAGGUCACCGAAACGAGCAGGGAACCCAAGGACGUAGUCUCCAAGAAAGAUCCCAGUUUGUGGCCCUGUGAGAAGUGUGGGAAGAUUUUCACCUUGCGCAAGCAGUUGGAGCGGCACCAGGAGCUCCUGUGCUCGGUGAAGCCCUUCAUCUGCCACGUGUGCAACAAGGCCUUCCGAACCAAUUUCCGCCUCUGGAGCCACUUCCAGUCUCACAUGUCCCAGGCUGCAGAGGAGUCCACAAACAAAGAGCCUGAGAUAUGUCCACCAGCCAAUUCCCCAUCACCCCCACCCUUACCCCCACCCCCUCCUCUGCCCAAAAUCCAGCCUCUGGAGCCCGACAGCCCCACGGGCCUGCCGGAGAGCUCGGCUGCUACUGAGAAGCUGUUCGUGCCGCAGGAGUCGGACACGCUCUUCUACCAUGCGCCGCCGCUCUCGGCCAUCACCUUCAAGAGACAGUACAUGUGCAAACUCUGCCACAGGACUUUCAAAACAGCUUUCAGCCUCUGGAGCCACGAACAGACACACAAUUAGCUUUAAGAGAAGCCUUGCAGAGCUGGUUUUGGGGGGCUGUGUUCAGGAUCUCAGAGGCCUGCCACAUAGACGACAAAUUUAAGAGGAUCAAAAGGAUGAUGGUGAUGGUGGAAAAUCUGGAAUUUGUGAUGCUGCUUGGAUUUGAAGAUUAGGGAAAAUUAUAACUUGGUUAGUAGGUAGAAAGCAGAGUAAUUUAAAAUAUUGUGGUCUGGGAUCUAAUAGUAAGAGAAUAAAUUUUAUUUUAUUUCAUUUGACACUGAAAUACAAUUGCAUCUGGAUUGUAUGCAUGGAUCUUCAUCCCGUGAUGUUGGUGUGUGCGUGUGUAUUAUAUAUAAAGUUACAUAUUAAAUGAAAGAGAAACAACAAUUUGGAUUCUAACUGUGAGUGUGAAGGUUCUACUUAUGGUAGUGAAAUACUGUAACCAACGUCAUAAUUUGUUUUUCCAAAAGAAACCCACACACACAAGCUCCAUGUAAGUGGUUGCCAUGCACUGGCAGUUUGGGAGGAAGUGGAUGGAGUGUCUUGCUGUAUUGACUUAGGUCUUAGAAACCUUUAGCAAUAACAAAUAAACCUCAAGUUUGAGUAAUCUUGAUGUUAUUGGAUACAAAUGUUUGCUAUUUUAAGGGAACAUAGAAUUGUUGUUGUAUGGAACUUGUGCAAAUUAAAAUAGAAUCUAAAGUCAGCAAUAUUAUUAAGAUUUUAUAUAAGAAGUAGCAGCAAGUCUGCUUUCAGCCAUUUAAUUAUAACUUUCUAAGGAAAAUUGAGAGAGGGGUACUUUGCUUUAUAUAAUGUCCCAAAGACUAAUUUCCUACGGAUACUUGGGUAGCUGAAGUCAUUGUGUAACAGCCAUCAUAAUGCAAAUGGUACUGUUUAUAACAUGAACUGAGGUUGAAUGGAUGUCAGACAAGUUUCAUAGUUUUGUUUCCACUAUUUGUACAACUGUUUGUAAUUUUAACUACAAAGGAAUGUAUAACUAUUAAAUCAUCAAGAGAGAGCUCGUUAAGGGACAGAAGAUGAGUUGUGUUUCUAAACACAAGUAACAAGCUCAGCCAUGAAGUACAAAGAUAUGUUUUAACAAAACCUAAAAAUGUAAAUAUUUAUAUAGACACCUGUAUAAAUGAAGAAAUAUGUAUUUGAAAUUUGUAUUAAGCGUACAUAUCCAGCUCAAAGCAGAGGAGAAAAUCACACUACAAUCACUGCAUUUUAUGGAUACAAUGCAUAUAGAGUAGUUCUUUCUGCUGCUUUACUCAUAUGUGACUGUGUUGCAAUUUUCCAAUUUGUUGAAAAUUGUGGUAAUAAUGGGCUGCAGAUAUUCUGUGUGCUUCCAUUAUUUUACCUCAAAUGGCAACUGGAGCAUUUAGUGUAAGUAGGAUCACACAUAUUUACCAGGAGCUAUAGUAAGGGUCCAAUUUUUUCUGUAAGUCAAGGAAAUAUUUACCCAGAAGUAGGAGGUGAACCAACAGUGAGAAAUUAUUUUGCUAGAAUUUUAACUUAGUGGAGGGGUGGUGGGUUGGAGUGAACAUAAAUGAUGCAAACUGUGUUUAUGAUCCUGACCAACGUUCCCCCUGCAGGGCUGGGAGAAGGGGGAUGUAAUUCCAGCCUGCUGAGUCAGAGCCCAGUCUGUGUCCACUGAAACCAGCAGGAAUUUGGUCACCAUUUCAGGGGGAGCAGGAGUGAGGCUUGAAUUCCCUGUGUAACCAUGUGUGUUGUUUCAGUAUCCCAAGUUCAAAAGCUAAAAUUGCAAGCUGAUGCUGAGAUUCAGCAAAAUCAAGCACAAGUGUAACUCCUAAGAAUCUGAGGGUGGGCACCCUUAGGCACACACCAGAUUUUUCUCAGUGAAAGCCAAGUGUGCCACCAUUUUUUUUCCCAACAGAUAUUUAAUUAUUUUUCCUGUAAGUGAAGUUUGAAAGAAUCAGCUCAGGAUGGACCCCUGAUUUUUUUCAGCUACCAAAAAAAUUGCAAUGUUAUUUUCAAGCCUCUUCUGCUUCGUUUUUCUUAUGAUCUAAAAUUGCUACUAGACACCUCUGAAAAUAACAUGUUGUUCUUUUUUGUCCUCUUUCAGGCAAACUGUGGCUGAGUUUGAUUAGGCUGAUUUGCUUGAGUAUCAGUUAAACUCUUUCAGUGGCAUUGCAGUUGAAACAAGGUACUUGCUUAAUAGUGACAUUUCCACUUACUGACUUUUUUAUUCCACCUAAUAAAACCAUAAAUUUCUUUCUUACCAGAAAUGAUUUCAGAAUAAAAUGGUUAUUGCACUUAAACCUGGUUUUAAGAAUCAGAAAAACAUAAAGCCUUGCUAAGUACCCUUUAUAUAUGUUUUAAAAAAAAAUCUGUGUGUAUAAAAUAUGAACGUGUUUUUGUAGAAUGGUUCCUAAGUUUUCCCCAGUGAUUCUUCUGCACAACAGCCUGAAAGUUGAGCUACAGCCUUUUAAAAUUCAGUGUGCUUUCUGAAGGAAGGUGGCAUCCAGCUCAGCUGGGUCACAGCCAUCUCACUUCCAGCUGGGAUUCUGCUCUGUGCUAUGGUGAUAAAUUCUACACACUUUAAAUCAAAACCUUGUGCAACAUCUUUGAAGAAACCCUAACCUUUUCCUAGUGUACUAGGUAUUAUAAAGAAUCCAUUAAAUAUUUUUGGUCUAAGUAGCCUCCUAAGUUUUUCUUCAGUUGCUUUGGUUUUGAGGGGGUUUUUAAAAUUUUGUUUUCCACUUUGAGCGUGUUCUGUGUGAUUAUUAUUAUUUUUUUUUUACAUUUGGUUCCUGUUGUUUAGUAAAGGAAUUCAGGAUCUCUAAAAUUUAAAUAUGAGAUGUUUAUAUAGCAGUUCUGGUUUUCUAUUAGCUUUUAUACAGUAUCUUAAAAAGCCCUUGAUAGAAGUGUUUAUUUUGGAGGAUAUGGAAUAAAUAUGCUUCCACUUAUAUAACUUUAAUAUAUGUCUUAAAAUUUAAAUUAUGGGAAAAAAUGUUAGUUGCUUGUUUAUAAAUAAAGGUCUUUUGAAGAGUGUCUAGUUUGGCCACAGCCAAAAUAAAAGGCAAAUUUAUUGAUGCAAAAGCCUGUUUUCAUCAUAUUUUGUUUAAUUUUAUAGCUGUGUAUUGAAGUGACAAAAAGUUAGAGGUCUUGUUAAAUAUAAAAAAAGUGUUUUGCUUUUUUUUCUAAAAUUUGUGACAGGAACGUGCAGAUGUUUUAAUAUAUAGAUUAGAAUCUAUAAUUCUGUCCUUUUUUUGCUAUUUUUAUAACCUAUCAGAUAAAUCUCAGAGAACUAUCCUGCUUCAGUGGGAGUGAAAACUAGUGUUGCAUUUCAGGGGAGCAGUGUUGAGCCAUGAAAUGUAUUUUGGUUUGGGACUUUUUUUUCCUUUCAGGCACUGUGUUGGCAAAGCCUCUAAGCCUAUCUUAAGUCCAUAAAGAUCAGUCUUAUUUCGUUUUUUUUUUCUUAAAUUGUUCUGUGCAAGUUCUUUGCUGAACUGGGACCAUGACCAGCCUUGAAAGAGAGCAAUGGCAGCAAAACACAGGAGCCAGUGACAGAGCUGUCUCUGGUUUUGGGUUGUUGGUGAGGGAGAGUGAAACACCCCUGGCAGGUGAUGGAGGAGAUAACCUGGUGGAGAGGGUGAGCCCAGAGUUGGUCUGGGCUGCUCCAAAAAUGAGAUGUUGCAUUAUCUGUGACCCCAAGCAGCUCUAAGAGACAAGGCAGGGACAUCCAGGAGGUUUUGUUGCCUGAUGUUCAUUUUCCCCAAGUUGGACACGUGGGUUUGCUCCAGAGCUCUGCGUGCUCUCUGUUGCUGUUCCAAGCUUCCAGUGUUAAAUUGAGUUCCUCCCAUGGGAUAAGGACAGACUAUGCCUAAUUUCUUGGCUCUAACAGUGAGGCUGCAAAUAUCUGGCAUGAGCCUGUAAUCUGGCAUGUGCCUAUACUGUUCAAUAAAAUUGUUUACAUUUUCCUACCAGAUUUAGGUAAAAAUCAAAACAAGCUUAGGGGGUUGGUUUUUGUUGGAAUUUUUUUAUCUGUUUGUUUUGGUUGGGGUUUUUUUAUUGUUGCUGUUAUUGAAUCAGUGUUAAAAUAUUUUUUUUUCUGUUGUUGCUGAACACAGCCUGAUAGUAUUUUUAAUGUUAUUGAUUCUUGUUUAUUUAAAAUGACUUGUGAAAAACUGUACUGUAACUGCUCUACGAAAAGGGACACUAUCAAGAGAAAGGCUGGAUAUAGAAAGGUAAUAUACCUAUAUUAGAAAUACUUUAUAUUAAUUAAUAAUAUGGAAGAAAUUUAAAAAUUGAGUCAUAACACUUGAGCUGCUUGGGCAUGAAAAUUCUAUUAUGGGCAGCCUCAGUUUUUGCGAGGAUGUCUGAAAAAUGUAACUGAAUUCUGUGGGUUGAGCUGAUUUUUCAUGUUGCUUUUCCUCUCACUAUUCCAGAAUAAAGGACUCAGUCCUUUUUUUUCCUUUUCCAGACUCUCAGUGAUACACAUUAUCUUUUAAAGACACAAGCUUCCCACUAUUGCAGCAGCAGCUUUAAUUCAGUUAUGUACAGAAAAAUCAGAACAAACCCUCUUUUACAGCGUGAAGUGCAAAAUACACAUAAAGUACAUAUUUUGAGGCUUAUUCUUGACAGUGUCCUUUUUUAAAAAGCAGGAAAAUGGGAUCACUUUAAGUGCUUGGGUACAGGGGAAUAGUUUCCUACUAGAAAUUGGAAUUAUCCAAUAUAUUUUCUAGAGAGUUUUCCGGUUAGUUACACAAAAUCACUUGUCAUUUUAAAGGAUUAUAGAAGUAAGACAAGCAACUCUGGGUUUAUAAUCCUGUAUACCUUAUACAUUCUAUAUCUGUUCAAUACACCAGGAUGGGUUUUUACUUUUUUUAGGACUGAGACUUAAUAGCUUAAGGCAAUUUUUUCUUUAAUGUAAUGUAAAUCCAUUGCUGCUUUGUACAACUUUUUCUACUGUGUGGUUUCUUUACUUAGAUCUUGACUAAGAAAUGUUGACGUCCAAUAAACUUACACUUUGUUUCUUUUGA